AUGUCGUCCGAGAAAGCCCAAAAGCUUCGUAAAGAGAACGAUAUCAUCACUGCAUACGAUCCCGCGUCCUUUAUCGAAAAAUUUACGCAAGAUGGUGUUGGCUCAGACAAGAACAUGGAGCCUUUGGCCGAACAUACGAGGCUCGAGAAGUGGGACGAGAAUGGCAAGCCGUUCCUUUGGGAGUACAGAGGCUCUGGCAAGCUUGAGGGCAAGAACGCCAUUAUCACCGGUGGUGACUCGGGCAUUGGCCGUUCGGUGGCGAUCUUCUUCGCACGUGAAGGUGCAGAUGUCACGAUCCACUAUCUCAAGGAAGAACAAUCUGAUGCCGACGAAACAGCCCGCUUGGUUCGCGAGGCCGGGCGUCAAGCCAACCUCGUCACAGCCGACUUCGACGACCCCACCUCCGCGCAAUCCGUCGUCGAUUCCCAUAUCAAGGCAUUCGGGCGCGUAGAUAUACUCGUGAAUAACGCGAGUCACCAGGUUAUGGUCCCCGACAUCGCCGACCUACCUCUGGACCAGGUAGAGAGCAUUUUCCGCCGCAACAUCGUCAGCAUGAUCGCGAUGGCCAAAUUUGCUGUGCCGCACAUGAAGCGGGGCGCCGCGAUCAUCAACACGACCUCCGUAACGGGCUUCGCUGGUUCGCCGUCCUUGAUCGACUAUUCCUCUACCAAGGGCGCCAUCGCCGCCUUCACUCGCGCACUCGCGAAGCAGCUCGCGCCGAAAGGCAUUCGCGUCAACUCGGUUGCGCCGGGGCCGUUUUACACACCGCUCCAGCCUGCGUCCAGGCCGGCGGAGCAGAUGGAGGGCUGGGAGCUGGGUAAGAUGCCCUUGCAUGGACGUGCGGGUCAGCCGGUUGAGUUGGGCGGUACGUAUGUGCUUUUGGCUGGUCCAGAUGGGAAUUAUAUCACAGGGCAGACUAUCCAUGUCAAUGCCGGACAAUGGGUGGGUUCGUGA